GAUUUUCAGUUUCAGUCGCCGUUGUCAGUCUGUUGCGUUGUGGGGUCGCGGUGUGCGCCCGAAGCACGCCGACACACUGACGCGCGGAAUUCGAAUCUUCAGUUUGCGAACUUUCUUUUUCGAUGAAACGCGGGUUGCCGUUUAUCGUGUCACGUUGCGUCUUAUUGCCGCGUUGUAAUUUAGCAAGAUAUAGAAUGUUAGACUGAUGCCAGGCAAUAAUUACACGGUAGCUAGUACCACAGACUUCUGCAUUUCAAAGUAGGCGCCUGGUUUUACGAUGGAACAAAAUUCCGGCUAUGACGACCAUCCCAGCUCGAAGAAGUGUUCGUUGGCGAUAUUCUGCGGAAAAACGAGUCUCUUCGUGUUGAUGACGGGCUACGCUCUAUUCGGCGCGGUCGUCUUCAAGUUCUUGGAAAGCGGUACCGAUCACCAUCCCAACGUCGAUUUCCAGAAGAGCCGUGACGACUGCCUCAAGGAACUCUGGACCAUUACCGAGCGGCUAAACGUCCUUUACGAAAAAAACUGGACCAAGCUCGUCACCGAACAACUGAAGAGGUUCGAAAGGACAGUGGUCGAAACGGCGAAAAGCGACGGAGCCCUCACAAUCCCCGCUCAGAAGUGGACUUUUGGAGGGUCCUUGCUUUAUUCCGUAACACUCUUAACAACAGUUGGUUACGGCAGUCUGUCCCCGAAAACGGCCGCCGGCAAGAUCGUCGCCAUUUUAUACGCCAUAAUAGGCGUGCCCAUGAUGCUCAUUCUAUUGUCGUCGCUGGGAGGCGUGCUAGCUGACGGUGCCAAGAAGUGGUACGCUAAAUUGAGACGCCGCGCGACCUCUGACGACCGAAAAGGUAACAACAAUCCGGACGUGGAGUACCGUAAGGCAGUCGGCUCGCCGACGGCCAAUCAUCUGUGUCGCCAGCCGGACGACACGACCGCGAUCCAAUUGCCAUCGGUUCACGGCACUCCCAAUCACGUGAACGACUACGCCGAGCACUAUGAAGUGCCGAAAAGGGCCAUCUUGGCCACGGUACGGCCCGCGCACAGCAGGGGCAGAUGCAGGCAGGGCCAAGUCAGGCAAAUUCUAGCGGAUCCAAUGUGCCCCACUCACAGCCACAACCACGGAACCCCGUUAAAGAACUCUUCCAUCGUGGGAAUAUCCACGGACGUCGAUCUCGACGAGGCGGAAGAAAACGAUCCACCCGAACAAGGGCCUCACGAUACCCCGUCCAGAAUACCCCUGAUAUGGCGUCCGCCGGAUAGUGGUUGCGAGCCAAACUCGUUACCCCCUCCUGCUCCUCCAGUGCCUAGCUUCGUGGUGUUCUUCCUCUUCUGUUCGUACGUGUGCCUGGGCGCGGUGUGCUUCGCGAGCUCUUCCGGCUGGACAUUUCUCGACGCGACUUACUUUUGUUUCGUGGCCCUGUCGACGAUCGGAGUUGGGGACAGGCCGCCCCACAACCAAAACGGCGGCGAUUUUCAGGACCAGCUACAGAUGUUCGCCAGCUGCGUGUAUAUCUUCGUCGGGCUAGUAAUAGUGGCGAUGUGUUUCAGUCUGCUGCAAGAAGAAGUGACCGUGAAAUGCAGACAGUUAGCUCAUGUCAUGGGCGUCGGCGGCAGGCAGUGACUGCAUUUU